AGUCGGACCUCCGUUGUAGUCGGAUUGUGUGACGUUCUGCCGCGCCUGUCUCUCUCUCUUUUUCUCCUUCUCCUUCUAUCUUCUCUCAUUCCCUCCCGUUGGACACGCGCGCGCGCUCGCAUCAGUGUGUGUAUGUGUGUUCCUCAUUCUCCCUCUGUGUCCCUCUUUUCCCUCGCAACGACAACGAGUUCCGCCCAGUGAAAAAGAGCCGAGCUUUCCUGCAAAUAAGACGGCGUCCUCGACGGGCAGUUGUUUGUUUUCUGGUUUCGCGGUGUCGCGGUGACACAACAGCGAACCCCGAAGGAGAGGGUCCCGCGCGCGCCCGUCGCGAGGUGAGGAGGAGAGACAACGAGAACCCGCGUGUACAACCCUUCCGUCCGUGUGGGUUUUCUCGUUCGCGGUUGUUGUCCCACGUUCGUCGUUGGUGGUGCGAAGAGUUUCAGUCAACGGAAGGAGAAGUAGGUUAACACACGGUGCCUUUCGCGUCCGUGGUAAAAUAUACCCGGUUCUCCGACACCACUUCUCUACGCCUUUUACCGAGGAGUCAUGAGUGUGUACCAUCCCGAUGCGGUGACGUUCAACCGACGCGCACUUCUUUUACGUAACGAAAGCGCGUUAGAACGCGCGCGUGCGCUCUAUAUGUGAUCCGUCUCGUUUCGCCGUUUGCUAGAGAGAAUCUUCGAUUGUCGAUAGUAAAGGAGUUUUCUUCGCCCCGGAUACAACACCCAGGGUAUCACGUACACGCGCACAGAGACAUUGAGAAGCUGGUGCUGUUCAACACAACGACUUCUCGAGAUCGAGUACUCUUCGUUGAUAUGCAAUUCCGUAUUGUUUGUGGUGCUUCGUGAAAGGUGUGUGCCGUUGAAACCUCGAUGUGGUGCGACUGUUCGUCGCGUGUGAUUUGAAUCAGUGAUUCGAAAGAAAAGCCGAUUACUCGGCGAUAAAAAAAAAGGCAAAGUGAGAGUUUGAUCAGUGCGUUUUUUCUCUCUGUGGAUUAUUGGAUAUACUAUACGCUUGCUCUACGACCUGCCGACGGAGGGCAACAUCGCUGCUCACAAUUUAUGAUGCAGAGACAAAGCCGGAGUAGUUCGGAGGUGGAGGUUGCGCUUAUGCGCCCCGUAAGCACCGCUGGCUAAUAACACCACGGCCCAUCCCUGACACCCUGCAGCCACACCAGAUCACCAGUCGGCGUGACAUGGAUGUGAGCUUCACGAACUUAUUAGAGGGGGCUCGCCAGUACUUCCAGGGUCUGCCCGUGCCGAGUACAGGUGGCGCGACCGUGUCAGCGGAUCACAAUCUCGCGACGUCAACGAGUUCCACCUCGUCCACAUCGGGCUCUCACGAUCAUGGCAUCGCCUCAUCCGUGGCUCCUUCGUCACCAGCACCGCCAGCACCGCCAGCACCACCGCCACUAUCGCUACCGUCGCAAUCGACUUCGAGCAGCAACGGAAACGAUCAGGAAACGGCUCGUUAUCCCGGCGAUGCCAGGUCGUCGUCGGUGGACAACAGCGGGGCCAGUUCCAACACCUACUGGAGCCCAUCCGUCGAACCCUAUCCUCCUCAACCGACCAGAGUCGAAGUUCCCGACACGAGGCCAGAUGAAGCCUCCACCAUGGAGGCGAGCUCGUCGUCGUCCAAUACCAUCACGUUAACGGAGAUGCAGCCAUCGAGCGGUCGAUCGUCCGUCGCGUCCAACUAUUCCCAGAAGCAGUCGUCCAACGAUCACCAGCACCACUCGCAACCGACGACGACGGUUGCUGAGGGGAGCUCUCACUUGCACCAGAUGCAACCGCUCCAGCAGCCGGUGUCCCCGGGUCCGGUUUACCAGCAGCUGAACACCGUCUCCAGAACGUCCUUCUCCACCGCGGAAAUACUCGCCUCGUCGCACCAAACGACCUAUCAAACUGCCACCGAUCGACAAUCGCAAUCGAACCCGUCGGUCGUAGCACAGAGGAAUCAAUACUACCCCCGUUACCAUCAUCCCGACAUCACGAAGAGCGCCUCGGCCCCGUUCGCCCAGAACUCGGUCUAUCAGUCAGCCAACGUAAGCGCGACGUCGUCGGGAAGCGUUCAACCCGCGACGAGAGCAACGCCCGCGGAACAGCCCAACGUAAGCGCUGUCUCCAGCCAAGGACACGUCCAGGAGCAGAGGGUACCGAGUUCCUACGGUGCGAGCGCGCCCCCGCCGACGAACUCGUCGAUUUACGGAUCACCCUCGCCUCAGAGCUAUCGCGCGCUUCAGCAUCCGUCGCAGGGUCGACCCAGCUCGUCAAGCAAUACCUCGGACAGGUCGCACGCGGAACGCUCGCACUCGUCGCGCGUCUCCUCGUCACCGUCCUGUUCGUCGAUGAACCCGUGCAGCCCGCGGCACGUGGGUAGCCUGAGUCACAUUCCUUCGUCGUCGUCGUCGUCGUCGUCGUCGUCGUCGUCGUCGUCGACGUCGUCGUCGUCGUCGCAGAAUCUUCCUGCGCACAUUCCCUCGUCGCACCUGCCGUCCGCAGGUACCGUCGGCCGCUCGCAACAGCAGCAAUCCGCUCAGAUGCAGCAUCAGCAGCAGCUUUCUAGUCGAAUAAACGCGUCACCCCAUUCGAUCGGGGCUAACUCGUACAGUGGUCGGAUGGUCGUUCACGGGACACCAGCGGCGUCCUCCUCCUCGUCCUCUAAUCAGAUGCCACCGCCUCCGGCGUUGACCAACUAUCAUCCCGUCGCCUCGCCCCACGAUCCUCCUCAUCACGCCGCUCCGUCACCGCACAGACAAUCUCCUCACGUGUCCACCCUGCACAAUCCUCACGCGUCUCCCCAUCACGCUCCCUCUCCGCACGCCAGCUUCCAGCCGCACUCGCCGACUUAUCCGCCUCCACCCCCGGCCACCUCCACCUCACACUCGUUCAGCCUUCCCAUAACGUCGCAGCACUAUCAACCAACCACCUACGCCACCAAUCCGUACGCGCUGCCGCCACAGUCUUCGUAUCAUUCCUUCCAAAAGAAUCCUCAACCGCCGCCGCCACCGCCACCGCCGCACACGCAAGCAAACUAUUACUCGCAGAGUGCUCGAUCUCAAAGCCAGUCCUACGCGCAGCAGAUCCAGAUGCCGGGCCCACCUCAGUCGAUUUGCUCCGGAACGGGAAGCACCAACGGUCCUGGCUAUCAGCAGAGCAAACCGGUGACGUACAACGGCGUCGAUUCGAAGAGAACCUCGAUGGAGGUACCGUACAGCUCCUAUCGAUCCCAGCUGACGUCCGUUCAGCGAAACACCAACACGCACAACCUUCCGCCCAUCGCCGCGCUCUCGUCCUAUCAUUCCAACAGGCGAGAACCCGCGAGUAAAGCGCAACCGAUGCAUCGACAACGCGCCUACUCGGCGGCGAGCAAAGUACCCGUGGGAACGCCACCCGUGUCCUCGAUGGCGACCCCACAAAGGGUCGGCGAGUACCCAGCGACACCGUCCGCCGCGAAUCAUACCAUGCCGGUGAACGGAAGGACGACCACGGUCACCAGUUCCUCGUACAGCAGAUACGCUGGCCAACCAAGCUAUCCGACCUACGCGACGACAAUGGCACCCAGUCAUCAAGGGAGCAACUCGUCCAGCAGUACCACGGUGACCUCCAUCGGUGUCACCGCGAGAUCUUCCGUUCCACCCACCACGAUGCACGCCUAUCAGUCUUGGGAUGCAAGUCGCACGGGAGGAUCCUCCUACCAUCAUCAACCUGUUAGGGCCAGCGACGAUUACGGUUACAAGGAGUAUCCUCAUCAAAACUCGUUCGUGCAAUCCACGGUGGCUUCCGCGAUGACGACCCCACCUCCUCAGACCAACGGGAUUCGGAAAAGAGAGUCCCCCUUGGACCUGUCCGUGAAGACGGUGAAGACCUCCGCCGACUCGACCGCGCAGGACGACAUCGAGAUGAUCAUGACCGAAAAGCACGUCAGCAGUUCCACCGUGAUGUCCUCGAGAAGCAAUGGCUCCAGAACGAUGCUACCUCCCGUGCAACCUCCACCGCAAACGUAUCCUGGCUUCGACAAUAGAUUGUCGAGUAACACCAACGUCAGGUCACACCAGACCUCCGGUAUCCGCGCGUCAACCCCUCAAACCGUUUGCGCCCCGAAGGUCGACUUUUUGCCGGAUUUCAAGUCCGCGCCGCUGCGUCACCAUCACAGCCAACCGCCCGAGAAUACUCUGCAACGGAGGAGCUCGACGCAGCAUCUGUACGCCCCGCCCCCGCAGUCCCUUUCCUCUCAGCAUCCUAAUAAUACCGUACCACUGCCCCACAUGUCCACGUUUAAAAAGACUUCACUGCCCACGACGCAGGUGUACGACGCCGUUACCGCGCCGGCACCGCCUCCGCCUGCCCCGUCCUCCUCUUACCAAACGGCUAGCGAUAUCGCAGCGUCCAGGACGUCCAGGUAUCCCCCGCAGAUGGUCGACCCGACCAGGAUAGGUCCCAGCGGUCUGCCACUCCAAGACUACCCGUCCGAGUCGAAGUAUUACAUGGACAGUAGAAGCAAGUUCGGUCAGCCGCCGCCCCAGAGGGAUCGAGCGUUGUCCAAGAGGCCUGGGGACGCCAUUUACGGAGCGGGAGUGCCGCACAAACAACCCAGACUCGACACCUGGAUCCAACAGAGGCUCUCCACCGCCAAGGCACACUACGAGCAGCAGAAGAGGCAAGAGAUGAAUCUUCCCGCUCCCCUGCCCAACGGCACCCUGGUUGCGCCCAACACCUACGAGCAGAGAUCCGACAGCGGCUACUCCUCGUCCGAGUCGUCGAGGUAUCAACAAGCCUACUGUGAUAAGAGAAGCUACGCGGAGCCAAAGGUUACCCACAGCUCUUCGCCCUACGGUCAUCCGAUGAUCGCCAAGCCGACCAACGUCCACUCGUUGCCGCAACAGCUCAGCACCAGUCAGUCCGCUUACGCGAAUUAUCGCCAGAGUCAGAAGGCAGUAUCUGGUCCCACCUCGGCGAGUCAGCCCACGGAACCACCGAGCAACACCGGAGCCGAUAAACGGGUCCUCAGUUUGCUGAGGAAUAGCCUGGAGAGCAAACAGCAGAGGGAGGAGCAGAUGAAUAGCCAACAGCCCAUCCUCGCCAAUCACAGCCAACAGAGUUUCCAGAAUAAGGUUGUUGCGCCGGUCGAGCCGAAAACAAAUAUCGGAAGACACAACCUGUCACCAUUCACGGCGGCGAGCCUGCUGGAACGGAAUAGCAACACGCCACCCCAUUACAAGUUCCAUGUGCCGCGAGCAGUUGACUCGAUCACUCACGAGGCCCCCCGUAGCUUGUACGGCUCGAGAGUAAAUUCAUCCGCCACGCUACCUGGCAAGGAAGCACUCCUGGGACCCCGAGGAGCCGAGAAUCAGAUUCACCGUGACAAAGACGACGGCCUCGCCGCCAUAUUAGCCGCAAAAAUCAGAACCAAGGCGGAACUGAAACAGGUGGGCACCGGCCAGUUCACGAUGAAAUCGACCACUCUUUCCUCUCUGGAUGCGACAUCGACACCUAAAGAGCUAGACAGCGCUUCGACGUCCACGCCGCAGUCGGGCUCGUCGGCGGGCAGUCCGCCAAAGUUAACGCGCGAGAAGGUCGCCUGCCUGCCGCCCCGAAGACGGUUAUUCUCGAGGACGGAAGAAGAGAACAUGCCGGUGGCUGCGACCGUCCCCGUGCCGGCACCUGCGCCCGCGAUCGCGUCCACAGUGCCAGCGCGUGCCAGCGGAUUCCGCAGCUCCUCGGAGACGUCGGUGUUCGACUUCAGAGAAAGCGACUCCGAGGGCGAGAUGCCGGUUUUAGAGCGGCAGACACUCGAAGAGAUGAGGAGGGACAGAAAACAGCUGUCCAAAGUGCAACCACCUGUGCCACUGAACGAUGCAAUGUGCAUGGGUAUGACCUCCUCGUCGGACCUCGUGAAAAUAGAACUAAAGGAAAACGACAAGAUCACCGAGGUGGACACGUUCUGGUCUACGACGUGCGACAGGUUUAUGGAGCAGUUGCGUACUGGAGACGCGAUGAGGAAGCGGGGUCGCAAGAAGAAGAGCAGCUGCACGGUGACGUCGAAGCUGGAGGACGAUGGCAACGAUAGCAGCAAGGAGUCGGACGCCAACACGUCGCAGAUCAAGCCUGAGGACAUCAAGAAGGAGCUGGAGGACGUUGGAUCGCCACUGGACGUUAAAGAAGAGUUACCUGAAACGAGUAAAGAGGAGGAGGAAGAGGAGGAAGAUGAGGACAGUGGCGAGGAGAAGGAGAUCAAAGUCGAGGUUAAAGCAGAGCCGGAAGCGGAGCCAGAGGUUACGAAGGACGAGGACGACAAGAUCUCGAGCGACGAUUCCGAUGAGGUCCCGCUGAUUAGGCGGGCGCAGAAGAAGAUAAAGAAGGAGGACAGCGAUUGCGAGGAAGAGAUCAUAUGCAGGAAGAGGAGGGUCCGUCGAGGAAGCAGAAUUAAACUGCAGUCGUCCAGUGGUAGCGAGUCGUCCAGCGAGGAGAGCGAAGGCAGUGCAGAGUUUGGUCAUGGUUCCUCCGUGGCUGACAGGCUACGAGCCAGGAAGCGUACGAAUAAUAACGGCACAGAGGCUGAAGGGAUGAAGCUGCGAUCGAGAGACACCACGCCGCACAAACCCAAGCCAGAGAAGGAGACCAAGGGUUCCACUUCGAAGACUGCCUCAUCCCAGAAAGGCAAACCCAAGCCCCUUUUUGGGGAUGGUAGCGACUUCAGGCCUGGCUGGGAGGAGGAAGUAUACGUGUAUAAGAAAUCUCUGAGAAUGCCACCUAGACUGAUCACUGUGUCGAAACCCUCGAGGUUUCAUAGGCUGUCUACCUCGUUGCCAGACUUGGACCCAGGCUCUCCAGCUCUGUCCGUGUCGAUGGACAGCUCUGACGUCUGCUUGAGCAGAAAGAAGCUCGUGGACAGCGACGCGGAGUCCAACUACAGUCUGCCUGGGAGCAAGAUCGACGACGAGGAGGCCACCUCUUCCACAACGAUCUCGUGUCCACCGAAACCCCUCAAGUACGUUAAGUCGGAGAGCAGUUCCAUCGUGGACGUCCUGGCGCAGAGAGUCGGGACUAGCAAGAAGGAGCAGAAGAAGAAGCAGAAGGAGAAGGCGGACAAAGGAGGAAAGGUGCUUCCAAAAGGCAGCAACGAACCGGAGCUGCUCCCCACGCCAAGCUUGACGCCCCUGCUGGAAACCACGAAGCUGCCCAAGGGCAAGUCUCCGGUGAAGGACAACAAGACUAUAAAGCCCAUCAAAGUAACGGACUCGUUCCUUCUCGGUUACUUCCGCAAAGAGACCGUGAACAACUUCAGAGACACGUUCAAGAACAACCACGCGUUGCCCAAUGAAUUCUCCACGCUGGUCCUGAAGAGCAGAACCAGAACGGAGACGCGAGUUCUGAAGAAACAAGCGACAAUCAGAGAGGUCUUCGGCGAGGACAGACCAGCCUCAGCUCCGCCUAUGCAGAAUCACGACGACACUUCUCAAGACGACGAUUCGCAGAACGAGACGCCCCAGAACACCUUGGGCAAGGCGAGGUCGUUGAAGCAGAAGGUGGUGUCGCGUUUGAAGAACGCAGGGAUCCUCAGGAGCCACAAAGCAAUCCUUAACUCCAAACGUCACCUGCUGAUCGCGAAGAGACGGAAAGAUUUGCUCAAGUCUUUGGCCGAGAAGAAGCUCCAGCGCUUGAAGACGGAGGUGGAGGACGAGGUCGUCCAGGAGGAAACGAACGACGCUCAAGAGGCGGAGAACAACGAGCUCGACGACGAGACCAACGAGUCGGAAGUUCCUAACAAAAAGAAGCUUAAGCUUCGCACCAGUCGGAGAAAGUUUCGCUCGGGAUUCGACUACAUUCGGAAGAAGAAGAAACCGUUGAAGAAGGACGAGUCGUUGCCUAAGGAGAGGAAGAGGCAAGUGUUGUCGAGGCCCAGCCCGGAAUGCGUUGCAGACAUUCAGUCGGAAAUCAGGACUUGGGUGAUCAAGAAAGGCGUGGGGGAGACGAUGCUGCAUCGCGCUGCCAGACUUGGUUACACGGAUGUUACGGCGUACUGCUUGGAGAAGCUGAACAACGCACCUAGUCCAAAGGACAACGCAGGAUACACGCCGCUUCACGAAGCAUGUUCCAAGGGCCAUCUUGAAAUAGCGAAACUGCUGCUCGCUUACGGGGCGAAUGCCAGUGAGAGCGCUAACGGUGGAAUACGGCCACUUCACGAGGCGGCGGAGAACGGUGCUACAGAACUCGUGCGUCUACUACUUUCCUACGGCGCUGACCCCCUGUUGGCUACGUAUUCUGGACAGACCCCACUGAUGCUGGCCGCUGACACUGAUGCCUACUCGAUCCUUGAGCAACAUCUGGAUGACAUUCAGGGCAGGACCAGCACGCCGUGGUCCUUUGGUGGCCCCUCUUCAAUUUUCGACCUAGAAGAGACGGGUCACAACCCCUUAGACGACCCCCCGAUGGACAAUCCCGAGCCAGAUUUAGACGAAGUUGAGAUAGAGUUGAGCGACGUGAACCUGCCCGUGCUGUUCUCGCUAAACAACGACCCUGACAAGUGGGUGCUCCUCCAGGACCUUAUGGCGGCCCUUAGGGUGAAGAGCAGGGACGCGUUGCUACGUCAGGUGAACCCUAAAGCGCAGGCGGGUCCGCCAGCGAUCGCUCAUCGCGACGUGAUGCGAGAGCUGAAGCUCCACGAUUUUUUGGAGCAGUCCCGUUGCUGUCACUUGCUCAGUGGCGGGGAGAGGAUCAACGUCCGAGGCUCGAAGGUGACCCUGAUCAAGUACAACGACAAAGUGAGGUCUUUGUUGAGCGUGGAGAAGGUGUUGAUCAGUCUCAGGUGACAGGAGGCGUCGCUGGGGCACUCGUCACCCCAGGCCAGACCGUCAACUUCAGCUACAAAGGAGAAGACUAUCGACUCAACGAAGGAGAAGACCGUCGACUCGCCGAAGAAGGAGAAAAACGUCUCGCCGAAGCGCGAGAGACAACCCAGAACGCGACAGGGUAACAAGACUGGCGUGGAUUGAACGUCGACGCGGACGAUGUCACGGAGCUCGAAUGUUUAGUCCCCGUCGUCUCUGUGUUUCUUUUUACGACGCAGAGAGACCCGACAGUUUCGCAGAGACCCACGUUCAGUGCAAAGGUACAGUGAUUUUAGGGUAGAGUCCACCAUGCGACCCAGGGGGACGAUGAAUCGAUGACAACCGCGACUGUGACGCGAUUAUAUUAGCAGUAUUUAUUGGGGGAUGAUUCCCAUUCGUGUCUACUCGCAGAACAGUGAUAUUUUAUUAAUAUCCCGCAGAGGGGUUUAUCGGGCCCUGUUAAUUAUAAAACGCUUCUAGAUGAAGACUCGCCGCCGUGGCGAUAGAAGCAGCACGAUCAUUAAUCGUUCCUGUCCGAAGAAUCGUAACCGAUACUUCCGAAGCAUAUUUAAACGUUAAACCCUGGAUCGAAAUGAGUUGCCCAGGCUCCUCGCGGGGGUUCUCGGGGGCUAGAAAUAUUUUUUAUCGCAAGCUCGACUCGGUGGGGACGAUCGACGCCCGAGGGAGCUAGAGACCGUGUGCUCGAGCCGAUCCACAUCGAUCGUGAUCGUUCGGUCAGGCCACACCGCGAGAACGAGAACCAAUCGUCGGCUUUCACGUUACCACUUGUUAGUUUUAUUUUCCUUUCCCCAAUCUUCCGUUCUAUCCCCACCUCCACCCCGCUCCCCUUUUUUGUACUAGCCAGCAGCGAGUCAAGUCGACCAGACAGCGAGUCCAGUCGACGAUCCACGAAACCUUUUACCGUUGUAGAUUUUAAGCUAAGCGUUGAUUAGUCGUCGAAAGAGAGGCGCAUUUAUGUUUUCUGUUUUGUUUCUUGUUUGGGGUGUGCAAUUUCGAGGACGAAGAACACGUCAGUGAUCGAGAGAAAGAGUGCGAGCACCGUGCAAUAAAUGGCCGCGGAUUGAUUCUCGAAACCCUCGAUCGAUGGGGAGGAUCGAGUCGUAAUCGUUUGCGCAUCGAAACUUGGAAGAAGCGACUGACGCGUUCACUGUUGCCCAGUCCCGGCUACUUCGAAGUUUUCCGUCUAUGGAUAGUCGUCAGACUCUCUUUUCUCUCGGAGGGUUGUUUUACCGACUUUAGCAAAUUUUGUUAUCGCGAUGAUUGUUUGCAGUAUCGGUUUCUAAUUGGGACGGUUGUUGGAAUCGCGGUAACGCGGGUUGUCUGGCCAGUUUUCGAUUUAAUAUAUCGUUUUUUAUUUUACUGCCAGAUUUGUUUAAACGAAGAAGGAUUUUUUGGGAUUGUAAUCCCUAGUUUCAGAAAUGGGCAAAAAUGCAUAGCUCCCUUUCAAAUAUUUCAUGCAAUUUCGUACCUUAUACAAUUAAACAAUCAUUUCCUUCAUUGAUUAGAUUGCCCAUUAAGAGCUAAAUACAAAGACUUUUGAUUUAAUCAAUAUCAUUGGGUUUUAUCCCGAUAGCAAUUUUGAGAAAAUGAUCAACAGUCGGUUACUCACUGGCCAGGUGACUUUACGUCGUUGCAGACUUCCGUGUGAUCUGUAGGGUGCAGAAGGUAAGCACGUUUAGCAGUGAACGCGUUCGAUUAUCGAUACAGUAGGAGGAACUGUUUAGCGAAUUUUCAACCGACGAGAAAAUGACGUUCCUCCGCGAAGCAUCGAUGGAUCCGAUAUCCACGUACUUAGACCUCUGCGAUACGUGUGCUUGUUUUUCGGUGCGUGAGCGUUUGGAUGAAAUAAAACAGUGGUUCUUCACCUUUGUAAGUUCGCAGGAAUUUUAGAAGAUUCUUAAUUCUUCUAGGCACAUGGGUAUGGUUUAAAGAAGAACAGGUCUUAAUGAAUGUGAACAUUGGACAUUUUUAAAUCUAUGCAAAAUAAAAAUUCAAUGCGCUUUGUUUAUUAGUCAAUUACAAUUAUUAACAUCAUAUUGGCAUAUGUAUAUCUGAAGUAACUUGUUAACGUUACUGUUAAUUAAAUUUAUUCUUUCAUAAUAUUGUUGUUAAUUCUAGUGUUGUCAAUGCGAUGUUAAUGGUUACUGUCAACCACUUCCCUAUCGAAUUUUCUUCUGUACUCAGUCAAUAAAGAGUAGUUCCAUUACUUAACUAUUUAAAUAUUCAAAAGCAGUUAUGGAAGUUUAUCGGAAGAUUUCUGAGUUUUAGUUUAAUAAUAUGUAGUUUUUAAAAUUGUUGCUAUUCAAAACAGUUUUAGCUUUAAAAACUAUUAGUUGAUCUUGACAAGCCUAUUCCAAUGAUUUUUUAGUUACUCAUUCGUAGGGUUAAGAACUGUUCCAAACAGUGCUACUUUUAAUCAAUUACCAUUUACUUUUACAUCGGUGAAGAAACACUGGAAUAGAGAAAGAGAGCUUCAGCGUCACAAACUUCUACCCAGUUGUUUAGCAAAAACCAGACUCGCGCGUUUCGUUUGACUCCGUAUACAGAUUUCGAUCGUUCUAAUCAGUCUCAGGGAACUAUCUCUAUGCGUAUUCUCUAUGUUCCGUGCGUUGUAUGAAUUUGGACAGAGGCAAGACCAAACAGCCGUUCCUUCGUCGUCGAUCAUUCAAACGAAAACCUUCAUCGUGCGAUGAACCUGAUUUACCAUGGGCAAAAUUUCAACCAACAAACAAACGAUAAACGAGUCCUUAUCUACUAAAUAAUCACUAAAAUUCUUCAAAACAAAAUAUUUCACGCUGAACAAAUAAAGCUUCAACCGUUCAGUCGAAUAAACAAAUUACGAACGAAUGAACACAUUAAUAUUAAAUUAAAAUUUUGUUCAUCCUGAUUAUAUUCUCUCGAUGCACCAGGUUGUACAGUAAACGAAGGACUAUUAUGUAUGUCCCAGUAUCGAUCAUGAUCGACGAGGAUGCGCGUUAGCUGGUCAGUCUCUGUCCCUUAAUUUUUAUUUAGCUGACGAUUUAAAGGAAUAUAAUUCACGAGGACAGUGCAGUUUACACGAU